GUGAGGUUCGAAUAUUUUUUCAAAAAAAACCUCAGACAAACAAAAAUUAGAUUAAAACACAUUAAAACCAUGCAAAUCAAUAGAAAAAAAGCAAAAUUGAAACAUUUCUUUACGUUUUUAUUCUUCUCAUUCAAUGCUGUCGAUUCUACGAUUCCUAAUGCAAAAUUAUCAAAAGUUUGGGGCCCUGGGCUGGUGCCCCACAACAUUGUAAUGCCAGCAAGAUACUUCUUUAUACAAGGAGUCGAUGAACAUAAUAACAGCAUAUCUUCUAGUCUUGAAAAAGAAUUUGAUAUAAUCAUUGAAGGUAAAACUGAACAAGAUAAACCUUGUCGAAUAUGGUCUAAUAUAUUAGACAGAAAGGACGGUUCCUUAAUAGUAAGAUACAAAGUAUAUGAUACUUGUUCCAGUGUUAUUAUAAGCAUUAAACAUAAAAAUCAACAUGUAGCAGAAUCUCCAUAUAAAAUUGAUGAAAAAAUAUAUUCAGAUGAGUGUAAUUGUCCUCAAAAAAGUCUGACCCACUUGUUAGAUUUAUGGGAGUGUCCUGAGAUACCUAAGCAAAUUUUAAAUGAUUUUAAUGUAUUCGACAAUAAGAUUAAUUGGAAUGAACUAAGGCCCAAAAUUGUAAGUCAAUUUGAUAAGCCUCACUCGGUGAGCCUGUGUCACUACAUCAUAAAAAACAACAAACUCUAUAGAAAAUGCUAUGGCAAAUAUGUAGGUUUCCAUAUGUUCUCAGAUAGUAUUUUAUUGUCACUAAUAAGAAAAGCUACCAUACCUGAUUUGGAAUUUUUUGUUAACUUGGGCGAUUGGCCUUUGUCCUUGAAAGACAUGCCUGAAAAGUACCCUAUAUUUUCAUGGUGCGGCAGCACUGAAAGUAACGACAUUAUCAUGCCAACUUAUGAACUUACAGAAGCUUCUUUGGAAAAUAUGGGGAGAGUAAUGUUGGAUAUGCUUUCUGUGCAAGGCAAUGUUGAGGCUUUAUGGGAUAAAAGGGAAGCAAAAUUGUUUUGGAGAGGGCGAGACUCAAACCGACACAGGCUUAAUUUAAUAAGCCUGUCCAGAGAAUUCCCUGAGUUGUUUAAUGUUUCUUUAACAAAUUUUUUCUUUUAUCGUGAUGAAGAGGAUGUUUAUGGACCAAAAACUGAUCAUGUUUCCUUUUUUAGGUUUUUUGAUUACAAGUAUCAAUUGGCAAUAGAUGGGACAGUAGCAGCUUACCGAAUGCCAUUUUUACUAGCCGGAGGAUCUUUGGUUUUUAAACCUCAAUCAAAGUAUUACGAACAUUUUUACGGAGAUUUAGAAGCAAAUACUCAUUAUAUUCCUGUUAAAACUGACCUGUCUGAUCUCGUAGAAAAAAUUAAUUGGGCAAAAAGCCACGACAAUGAAGCCAAAGUGAUUGCACAAAACGGACAAAAGUUUGUCAACGAAAAUUUGUUGCCCAAGCACAUAUUUUGUUAUCAUAUGCAUUUGUUAAAUCAACUAAGCAAGGUCAUUGUUAGUGAAGUAAAUAUUCUUAACGAUAUGGAGCUUGUUAAUCAAAAAAAGGACAUUCCUUGUAGUUGUUUAGGAGCAAAUCAAAAAGAUGAAUUAUAGUAAAUAUAAUCUUUCUAUACUGACUUGGUAUAUACAAUAAAUACUAGAAAUUUUUAAACUUAUAUGAUUUUGUUGCUUACCUGGACAAUUUAA